AUGGCUCCAAAUUUGCCCGUUGGAGGAUCGAGUCUUCGAGCAUCAUGCGAGGCUUGCCGAGUAAAGAAGAUCAAAUGCACAGGAGAACGUCCGAUCUGCUCCAAAUGCAGGACCUCCGACCGGGAAUGCUAUUACUCUCCCCACAAGCCCAUGGGUAGGCCAACAUCACGUCGUGUCCGUCCUCAAUCGUCCCAACCAAUCCGUCGGGAACGGAUACUACCUCGGCGGAAUGCUUCGACCAGGUUGCUCUCUCCCGUUCAUACAGAUGCUGCAUCGGACUCUGGCAGCAGCAAUACACGAGAAAUUGACGCUCUUCUCGGGUCAACAAGCCCGCGAAUCAGCUCCCCUCUCAACCCGGAGACUUUUGUAAUCCACCCAGAUCUCAUUGACUUGGAAAACAAUCAAGGGUAUGAUUUUAGCAUCGUAUCAACCACAACCUACUACAACUAUACGUUCGCUGACGAUUUGUUUGAUGAGUCCAGGCCCAGUCAAGAUCUCGUAUCUGAAGGUCUUGCAGCUUUCCCUCCCCUUGCCUCAGACAAUCAGCAAACGACGGAUAAUUGCGCCUGUCUUUCAGUACUGUACCUGUUGCUCGAGCACCUUCGGGUAAAAGAACAUCUUGUCGCACCAGAGGACUUCGCCCUACUCCGGAAUACCUUCGAGCCGGCUUUACAAGUUCUAAAUUGUCAAAGAUGCCCGCGCCGGUACUUCUCCAUCAUCCAGAACGCCGCCCUACUUGGCGUUCUAUGUCUUUGUCUUAUAGAGUCGUACAAGAGAAUGCUUGCAUCGAUCUCGACAGAAGAGACUAGAGCGACGGAGGCCGGAGAGAAGAAGCGCCUUGGAAUCCACGGCGCAUUACCGGGCUCAUCGGCCUAUGGAGAAUCGUCGUCUACAAGUGCGCCAAGCCUGUUCUCGGUAGAGAUAUCACCAUCAGAAUGGGGCAAAAUAAUGCGAAACAUCGUGAGCGUCAACGGCGAUGGCAUCACACGCCGCCUGCACCUGACUGCCCACCUUGCUAUCAGUCGUUCUAACAUUUGGAGUUAUAGACACUUCGGCAUCUGGAGCAAUGUCGGCUUCGGCGCACGCUAA